AUAAAUUAUUAGGGACAAAAGUUUGAUCGCUUGCCCGUUCGCUUAGAACUGUUCCUUACUUGAAAUUUUAGUUUGUUUGGCCUAAAAAGAAGGGACUUCUUUAAGAAGUCAUCUUGUUAACAAUGACGUCUCAAAGAUUGCUCGUAUGUCUUGGCGUUCUCUUAUUAUCAAGUGCCAUAUUGGGGAAAUCAGUUCAUAAGAAAAAAGGAACAAAAGAAUGUAAACCUUCAAAGAAACAGAUGGGAUGCCCAGGACAAUGUCCGUCAUCUUGUGCUCCGGCAUGUCAGUCGUCGUGCUGUGGUGGUGGUGGAGCAGCAGCUGGCUUUGCUGGAGGAGUCGGAGGAGUCGGUGGAGCCGGUGGAGUCGGUGGAUUUAGCAGCACACCUAAUGCUAAUGGCGCACAACCAAAUUACAAAGGUGGGCCACCACCUAUUGCACCACCACCUAUGCCACAUGGAGUGAUGCUACCGCCAUCACCUCCGGCACCAUGUCCACCUACACAUAUAUACAAUACACAACAUGAUGAAACUCACGAGUGGAAACAACCACCAAAUGCACCACCACCACCACCACCUGCACCACUGCCUCCUGCACAGAAGAUCAACACCAUUCAACAUAUUAUUCACCAUCACCAGAAACCACCACCACCACCAAAACCAGCACCUCCACCACCACCACCAAAACAUCAGUACCAAACAGUCAAUGACGAAGAUCACGCCUGGGCACCAAUACCUCCUCCACCACCAGUUCCUGCUCCACCAGCUGCACCUAGACCUGUGAAUAAGAUUGUCCACACUAUUGUUCAUCAUCAUGUUGAACCCCCAGCUCCAGGACCUCCACCUUGUAUGCCACCACCCUGCAUGGGACAAAGUAACUGCUGUGGAAAGUAGGGCUAAAUAUUUGCAAGGCGAACCUGAUCAGACGAUAAUUGUACAGAAUUUUAUAGCGACGUACAUUACAUUAGCUAUUUAAAUGUUUCAUCGUUCAGGAUGUAAUACAUAUCAUAACUAGACAAUGAAACAUUGUGAAGCUGACACAUCUCAUAUCUGGUUUAUGUCUUAUGAGCUACUACUGGCUUUCGAUGAGAAAAUAAGUCGAUAACUCUAGUAUCUAAAAUUUGUCAACAAACAUUUUAUUUAUUAAUAUGUAAAAUAAUAUAUAAAAUCUAUUUUUAACAUGUGAAA